AUGGCCAGUGUGGAUUUAGGUGGCACAGAAAAAAGGUGUAAACUUUCCAGAAUAAGCCCAGACUUUGAAAAUGUGAUAAAAAUGUUAUUGUGUGUCCAAAUUUUUCACACAAGAAUUGGAGGAGAUUUAACACAGAAUAGAGAAAGGCUGGUUAAUGCAGAGCAGAUGGGCCUGCAGGGCAGUGCUGGGCAUUUCAACAUCUUCCCCUUGGACCGUCAACCUCAAGAUGACUGAAUGCCGGUGUCUUUAGCGAAAAAUAAAUUUAAUGCCUUUGGGGAAAGUAUAAACAUGGCUGGUUCAAUUUCUGGAGUGAUUGGUGGUAAAUUUUCAAGAAUCUUCUAUGUGGCAGGCAUUUGGUAUUCACUAAUUUAA